CGAUCAACGCCUACAAAAUGUCCUCUGAUCCACCCACCGCCAACGGCGCGAGCGUCGCAACCCCCUCAGCGCCAGCCACCGCCAACGGCAGCAACGAAGGCGACCUCCGCUUCCCCCCAUUCCCGCCCGUCCCAGACGGCGCCACCAUCGUUCCCUUUAUCCAAUUCCGCGCCUCCGGCAUCCAAGUGACCUGCAUCCCGCUCCCCGAAAACGGAGGAGCGGAAGACGACAUCGAGCGCGACGCGCUCGGCGUGCCGACCGUCGAGCUCGCAAAGUACCACGACACCGACGCGCCCAAGACCGACGCGCGCAAGCGGCGCGUUGCUAAGGCUCCGCACCGCUUCCACUUUGGCAGCGGCGGCGGGAAGGGGAAGAAGGGGAAGAGUAAGGGGAGUGCGGCUGUUGUGGAUCAGAAUGGGAAUGCGGUGCCGUGGUAUGAGGAGUGGGAGGCGGGCGAGCAGUUUCAGCAUACGAGCGCUGGCCAGGACCUCGCCCCGGACGACCGCCUCCUCCAAGCCGCCGAAGACUUCCUCAGGACCCGCAGGUGGCCAGACGACGGCACAUUCAAGACAGCGUACAUCUGGGACCAAUUCCGCUACUUCACAGGCCUCCUCGACCGCGACAACCGCCUCAACAAAAAGAUGCGCAGCGGCUCGCCCGACUCCGACUUCGACAUGGACGACGACGACGACGACGAAUUCGGCGCCGGCGGCGAUAUCCCGAUGGUCGACGCCGCGCCCGAUGCGCACCAGUCGCUCGCUAGGUUCGACGAGAAUGGCAGGCCCCUCCCGCGCGUGCCGUACGAUGCGAUGGACGCGCUCGCCGAGGCGGGCGCGGUGGAGAGCAAUGUGAUCGCGCGCAAGCGGCGCGCGCUGGAGGACCGCGAGGCGCGGCUGUACCGCUUCAUCGAGGCGCCCGACGAGGCGGUCACUGUGUUUAUGUCGAGCUAUAUGCGCGAGAAGGGACUGAUCUACUACAUGAACCUCCUCACCAACACGCCCAAAGUCCUCGCUGCCUUCGUCCGCUUCCUCCACCGCAACCGCGUCUUCCCCGAGCCCUCCUCCAUGAAGGCGCUCGAGCGCGCGCUGGCGGUGUGCAGCCGCGCGGAGGACGAGCUCCCGCUCACGGACCGCGCCGCGAAGGCGCUCCCCGACGCGCUGGGUGGGGUGCUCAGGGACUGCUGGGGACGAAAGCGCGAGGUGGUGUAUGGCGGGCAGCUCGACGAGGCCGAGGAGGAGGAGCACGCGCGCAGGGAGCGCGAGGAGCGGGAGAGGGCGCAGGCGCAGGCUAUGGAGGAAGUCCGUGCACACGAGCGCGCGACGGUGGAACGCAUCGCGAAGCGCCAGAGGGAGGAGGCCAAGGCAGCUGGUGCGAUUGCGGAUGGAGGCGGUCAGAGCUCAGGCAUGCUUCAUAUCGAUGGACAGGCCGCCGUAGGCAUUGGCUGGGGCGAUGCGUGGGACUCUGGCGCGGACGUGGAUGCCAACGCCAACGCAGGCUGGGGUGGAGGCUGGGGAGACACGUGGGGCUCCUCUUCCGCUGCAGCCGAGGGCGAUGCUGCCGCCGACCCAAUCUCGAACGGCUGGGGCGGCACGUGGGGCUCCGACAUACCAGCGACCGUCCCAGGUGCUGAAGGUCCGGUCGACGAUGCAUCUGUGACUGCUCCUAUCCCGGACGCAGAUGGAGGCGCCGGUGCUGUUGGCAUCGAGUGGGACCAGCCCGUCGUGGACGACUGGACGGCCCCCGACGAGCUGAACACGCUCUUCCACCUCCUCGGGCCGACCGCGCUCCCGCUGACACAUACCACGGGCAUCGUCGAGUACUCGACGCGACGCAUCGUCUCUCUGCACCCGCCCGUCAUCCCCGCUGGCGCCUCUCCCCAGGCCGCGGCCGCCGCCGCGUCAUCUACCGCCAACGAAGACGGCCAAGACGCCUCCGCACCCACCCCAGGUCUCGCCCCCGCCCUGACGCAGGCCGAACGCGCACCCGGCACGAGCAGACGCGAGCUGUGCGGCGCAGACGACCCGGACCGCGUCGAAGACGCACUCGACACCACGUUCGGCAAGAUCGUGCUCGAGCCAUGGCCGCACGCGCUGGGCGGCGACAUCCGCGAGCCGAGCAUCAAGCCGAGCUCGCGCGGGCCCGUUGUGCUCCCCGCGCACCAGCGCGCCCUCUCCGCAGCCAACCUGAAAAUGCUCGACGCGUCCCCGAGCGCGGGCGCGGUCGCGGGCGCAGAGGGCACCGGCGCACCCGCGAACACAAACAAGAAGCCACACGACCCGUACACGUCGCGCAUCGCGCUCCUUGUCGAGCCGCCUGUGCUCGAGACGCUGCGCGUGGGGAUGGGCAUCGCCGCCGUGUUCGUGCAGAUUGCGCGGCAGGAGGACGUUCUCGGCACCGGCGCCCCGCCGAAGCCCGAGGGCGAGAAGAAGAAGAAAAAGAAGAAGAAGAGCGGUGCGAACGCGGGCCCGCCGGCGGGGAGCUACUGGUAUCUCGAGGACAACAUCGGGAUUUUGCCGGGGUAUUAUCUGAAUGACGGGGAGGAAGAGUAAGCGAGCGGUGUUGGUGGCAGAGACGGAGGAGUUGAUCUUGAUGGUGGCUGCGAUUCAUUCUUUCAUUUUGUAACUUGUUUUAGUGGAUUCAUACCAACUUCAAUAUGCUUUCUUUCCAUGCUAUGCUUUGACUAUUCUUUCGAGUUUGCUUGUGCAUUUGAGGCCAUGAGACAACAACAGGACAACCUUGACGUGAUGGAGAAAA